AUGUCCAAAGGCAAUCCAAUUCUGCCCUCCGAGCCUCUCGCUCUGGAGCCCAACCUAAUUACAGCCGCGGCCGCAGCGCAAGCCGAAAGCCUUAGCGACAACGAUGGCCAGGCAGGCAGCCCCGGCUUGUCCCCCGGGCGGGCAAACAUGGUCAAGCGGCGGAUGGACAACCGGCACUAUGGCCGCAGCGAGUCUCGCGAGCGCUCACCAAAGCCCGAGCGCAGUGUAGUGGGAAGCCAGUACGGCGAGGGGAGGCGUCAUCGGAGUCGUGGUAAUGGCAGGUCCCCUCGUGAGGGCGGAGAGAGCGCUGGGUACUAUAACGGCGGCAGGGACGGAAGCCGUGGUAGAAGACCCGAUAUUGAGAACAAGGAGGAGCCAAUUCCAUCGCGCGUGCUGGGGAUAUUUGGCAUGAGCAAGUUUACCAACGAGCAGAAUCUGGAGGAACUGUUUGGCAAAUACGGACCCAUUGAGAAGAUCCAGAUUAUCCGCGAUCCCAAUGAUGGCCGCUCCCGAGGAUACGCCUUCAUCAACAUGACCAACGUGGCGGACGCGCAAGAGGCCCGCAACGCCAUUACCGGCACGAUGCUGCAUGACCGCAAGGUGCGCGUUGAUUUCUCAAUCACCAACAAGCCGCACGCGUCGACGCCCGGCAAAUACAAGGGCCAAGACACUGGCGCAGGCGAGGGCGGCAAUAGGCCGUACCAGAGGCACGAUGGCCGCCGGCCUCCGAGAAACGGCGGCUUUGGUGGUGGAUCGUCGUACAGGGACAAUGACGAUUUCCAUGCCCGCCGCCGUGCCAAUACCAGAGACAGGCGCAGGAGAGAGUACCCGCGCCGUGACCUGCCCCCUCCCCCGGCGCGUGGCGGGCCCAGGGCGCCGUGGGGUGGGCGCAGCAAGUCGCCUGCGUACCGCCGCGACCCGUCCAGAGGACACGACUCGUACCGUGGAUCGUACGAGCAUCGGGAUGGCGGACCCAAAGACUACGGACACGCAAAUAGAAAUGGACCCGAAGGCCGCAGAAAUGGCCAUCGCGAAUUCGACAACGGCCCUGCCGAUCGCAGGAAUGACCAGCGCGACUUCGAUCAUGGAUCCAGAGACCGCAGAAAUAGACAGCGUGACUUUGACACCGCCAGACCGUAUGCACGCAGCCGCAGCCGCAGCCACAGCAGGGGUGCCCGUGCGGAGUUUUACCCGCCGCCUGCCACUACUAGACCGCCGCCGCCUCCUUACUAAUUGCUAAUUACUAAUUACUUGGAUGCAAUAUAAGCAAAAAGAGCAUUUACCUUUUCUAUUAUUAAAGAUUUUACAGAUCUCCUUCUCCCUAUCUUCCAUCUCUAUUUAUUCUUACGAUUCGCUCAGAGCGAAACGCUAAUGUUGAUCGGGCGGCGGUGGCCAAAAAACUUGCUGCGCGGACGCGCUGAUUAUCA